AUGCUCCCUAAAAUGUACAUCGUCUCUAUUAUGUUACUGAUACUUUUGGACAUCAUGCCAUUGAGCGCAAGAAUCGGCAGACACAAAACGAAGAACGUGCAUAAAUCAAAGGCUAAGAAACCUAACAUAUGUGUGGGAAGCACGUGGAAAAGCAUAGGGAAGUACAGGUUCUGGCAGCGGGUGGCGUGUGCGCAGCGCAGAGCUGGCAGCAACACUACUGCGGACGUGGGUACAACGACGGACAUUAUGGACUUGUUGCCAAGCCAGGAAGCGGGCCCACCGCGGAACGCCAGCUACGACCCCAACUACGGACAUGAACCCUACUGGGCCGAUGGAGGCUGGGUGUUUGAUAAAUUUGUCCUAAAUAAAACAGGGCCGAAAUAUAUUUGCGGGGUUCGAUGUUCCCUGAUAUUCAUCCAAUACGGGAAACUUUGUGCAAGGAACGACAGAGGUGAUAUAAAAAAUUUUGAGAGUUUUUGCGCUAUGAAGAGUUUCGACUGCAGUAAUAAAGACAAAUGGACACCAAUGUAUAGAGGAGAUUGCUUCAGAGAUUUAGAACCUCACUACACCAGAGAUAUCCUGAAUAGAGCACAAAAGGCUAUUGAGGACGUAACCAAGCGACACAAAAACCUUGAACCCUACGUUGGUAUUGCGUAA